AUUGGCCAGCUGAUAAAUUGUUAUUGUUCGUGAAUGUUCGCAUUUUAUUAAUAAAAUACAUUCAAUAAUUUCGUUGUUUUGCAAUUAUUCUGUGCUACCCUGUAAGUCAACUUUUAACAUCAAUCGCCUAACAUAGACCAUUAGCAUUUUAUAAGCCUUUGCUGUCAUUUAUGAAAGUUAAAUCUGUCAUUUAAUAUUUUUGAAGAGUUCACUAUUUGACUACAAUUUAACGGUUUACUACAGCUUUUUGUGAUUCAACAUUUCGAACUUUCAUUGUAUAGAUUAUAAGGAAAUACUCAUUUCAUUUUCUUUGGCAAGACAUUGAAGUAACCUUAUUUUUUAUGAUGUUUUAUAAAUCAAUCUACUUAUCGUUUUUGGGAUCGUAAAAUUUUUGGUGAGUAAUAUUCCUAAUAUGUACCAAACUGAACGUCGUAGAAUACCUAUUAAAUUUAGACACAAAGAGAAACGGGUUCCAGAAUCUCUAUUUUGUUUGUGUCUUAAGUAUGUGGCACGAAAUUUAAGCACUCUGUGUACAGAAACACCUCAGGGUUAUACACUUCAUGAAGGCUUAGCAUUACCAAGUGAGAUAUGUGAACCAUUCAUUGAAACUUACCAAAAUAAUGGUGGUGAAAUUUACGACUGUUUUGCCCAUUUAUUUGAAGAUGUUACUAAAACAAAUUUAAGAUCAGUGCAUAUACGAAAUUCAAGCAUAACAGAUGAUGGCCUUGAAUAUUUAUUGCGUCAUGAUUUAUAUGAACUAACAUUGACCAAUUGUCAGAACUUAACUCAUAAAACAUAUAAAAAUAUAUUCAAACAUGCCAUCAAUUUAAGGUCAUUAACCAUAGGUCCUAGCGUACAAAUAACACCUUAUAAUAAGUUAACUAAUUGUUCAUUAUCAUUGGAUGAUGUACCCAUACGGAUUAAUAAAAAGGCACCCAACUUAAAGCAUCUGGUCCUACGAGCAAUUGCUGAAUCUCCAUACAGCAGCGAUAAUAUAUUUUUGGGCGUUAUGCUUGACAAGCUGUUACAACUAAGAGUACUUGAUCUUUCAUAUUGCCUAGGAGUUGGUAGUCUACGUUACCUUUGUAAACUGACAAACUUACAUACUUUAAUUUUAUUUGAUGUCCCUCAUUUGCAAGAUAAUGAAGCCAUUCACCAUAUAUGUACAUUACAGUCAUUAGUUGUUUUAGAUAUAUCUCAAACUGAAUCUUAUCCAGAACAAGGAGUGUACAAGGAUGAAAACAAAACAUUAUCUCUUAUUGUUAAAAGUCUUCCUAAUCUUAUGUCACUAGAUAUAUCUGGGACAAAUUUAGCUGGAAAAGGUACUGCAGAGCAUCCAAUCUGUGAGUCUUUAAGUGGAAAAAAAUCUGACAUUCCUGGUUUAGAGUCUAGAGUAGAUAAUCCUUUAGAAUUUUUGGGGCUCUACCAUACUAUGCAUAAUGCUUGUAGACGACAUGAUAUUCCAGCAAAAAUAAUAAGUGGUGAUGCUAAUGAAGAACAAAUAUUUAAUGCAGCUGCUUCAUGUAUGGACAAACCAAAACUUCUUCAAAAUAUUCUCAAUGAUCUUUAUCAUCUAUUAAGAUAUGACCAAUGUACACAGAUUGACCAAGCUUUGGACAUAGUUCUAGAAGCACUCACAAGAUAUGUUAAUGAGAAAUUAAUUCAAAUUUCUGGAAGUGCAACUCUCUUCUACAUUGUUAAAAACAAAGAGAGGCCUUUACUUUUAAAUGAUAUAACUAUCAAAAGAAGAAUUAUUAGUACAUUAUUAACUGGAAUGGAUUACCAUAAUUAUGAUGAAACUAUGAUGAGAAACGGUUGUCUGACUUUAUGUCAAUUAAGAAUACCUCAAGAUGUGAUGUUUGAAUUUAAACGAUUAGUGCAAAUGCUACUGCAUAUAGUAUCCACAAGUGAUCAUGAAGGUUUUGUUCAAAGAAUCGGUAUAUAUUUACUGAACUCAGUUGCAUGUCAAGUAAACAAUAAACAGAAAAAUGAACUGGGUGAUGCAGGUGCCAUUAAAAAAAUGAUGGCUAUUAUUAAAGAUAGACUCCAUCGCCGUGUAUGUGAUGAUGUUCUUGAAGUAGCAUGGUCAACAAUGUGGAAUGUAACAGAUGAAGCACCUACAAAUUGUAAACGGUUCCUUGAUGGAAAUGGAAUGAAAUAUUUCCUAGGGUGUUUAACAACAUUCCCAGAUAAAAAUGAAUUGAUGCGAAAUAUGAUGGGUUUAUUAGGCAAUGUUGCUGAGGUAAAAGAACUAAGACCAAGAUUAAUGCAAGGUCAUUUACUUAAAGUAUUCUCUGAUCUUUUGUUUUCUACUCAAGAUGGAAUUGAAGUGAGUUACAAUGCUGCUGGAGUAAUUGCACAUUUAGCAUCAGAUGGGAAAAAAGCAUGGAUUAUAAAAACACCUCCAAGAGAAAAAGUACUUGAAAGAAUGACUCAGGCCAUUCAAAAUUGGAAUCUUGAUGCAGAUCGUAACAUUAAUUAUCGUUCUUUUGAACCUAUAUUGCAACUUGCCCAAGUUAGACAUACCCCUCAAUGUUCUCAUUGGGCUGCAUGGGCUUUAGCAAACCUAACCAAAGUUUACCCUGAAAAGUAUUGUUCAAUUGUGAUAGCAGAAGGUGGUUUAAGAAUUAUGAGUGAACUGCUUGAUGACAAUGACAGUAUGAUCAAUCCUCCUGGUGUAAUCCAUAGCUUAGCUCAAACUGUCAUUAAUCAAUGUCUUAUGUAUAUGAAAAAUACUGUAGAUGAAACAGUGCAGUGUAAUUAAUGAGAACAUUUUGCUUUGCACUUAUUUUUAUAAGUUCUACCAAAACAUUAUUUCAUUUAUGCCUGAAGUUCUCUUGAAAAAACAAAACUUCAUAAUAGAGAAUUGGUUUUAUUUUUGUUUGAGAUUUUUCUAUUACUUCAUUGUAUUAUUAUAAUAAGAUAUUAAAAGUAAUAUUGUGUAUGACAUUAAAACAAAAUUAGAACCAAAAAUUAACUUAGUUCAUAAGGCAAAAUGUAUGGAAGUUAGUUUUAGAAAAAUAUUA